AAGUGAGGGCAACGCUUGCGUAUAGUUCUAGAAAUUAGAAUCCCAUUUAUCUGUCUUUCUCUAAACAAAUUUCCCAAACAAACCAACCGACCAAUACGAAAGCUGCAAUGGCCGCCGCUGCUCCUCCACCUCCACCAGUCCCAGCGCCCACAACACUGCCGAACCCAACCCCAACGGGGCACCCACUCUUCGCCCGUGUCCGCUUGGCCGACCCAUCUGACGUCCCCCACAUCCACAAGCUCAUCCUCCAGUUGGCCGUCUUCGAGCACCUCACCCACCUCGUCUCCGCCACCGAAGACUCUCUUUCCUCCACCUUCUUUACCUCCCCUCCCUUCCACUCCUUCACCAUCUUCGUCCUCGAGGUCUCCCCGAACCCAUUCCUACCCACUCUCCUUCAUCCUCCUUCGCAGCCUCCCUUCUCUCCUAUUACCCGGACGCUCACCCUCGACCUCCCCAUCGAUGACCCAGAAAAGGAAACCUUCCGAUCCGUCAACAGCGACGGCUUUGACGUUGUGGUUGCUGGCUUCGUUUUGUUUUUCCCCAACUACUCUACUUUCCUGGGGAAACCCGGAUUCUAUGUAGAGGAUUUGUUUGUGAGGGAUUGCUAUAGAAGUAAGGGACUUGGGAAAAUGCUGCUCUCAGCUGUGGCAGCUCAGGCGGUGAAGAUGGGGUACGGGAGAGUGGAGUGGGUGGUUCUGGACUGGAAUGUGAAGGCUAUCAAGUUCUAUGAGGAAAUGGGUGCGAAGGUCUUGGAGGAGUGGAGGAUUUGCAGGCUUACUGGUGAGGCACUCCAAGCCUAUGGAAAUGCUGCUAAUUAAUUGAAAAAUAAGAAAAAAAAAUCUUGGUUGUUAAGAUAUAGCAUGACUGAGGGAAGCUUUAUCUGAUGGCUGUAGUUUGUGAGUACUCUAUUUUCUGGUUUAUCCAAGUAAUUUCACUGCUUCGCUUGCUUCAAAUUUUCUGAUGUUGAACUGUGUUCUGUUGAGUAACAUUUGUGGUGUUUUUAUCUGUUCUCUGUUUCAA